CUACAAAUACCCCCCCAGCUAAGAUUGAGCUAGCUAUAUACUCAGCAUACACAUUUCUCUCUCCCUCUCAUUUCAAGCACGACAACACACACCAUGGCAGAUGUUCUCAGUGAAGAACAGAUUGGUGAGAUCAAAGAAGCCUUUGGCUUGUUUGACAAAGAUGGAGAUGGGUGCAUUACUGUGGAAGAAUUGGCCACGGUUAUUCGGUCAUUGGAUCAGAACCCCACAGAAGAAGAGCUUCAAGAUAUGAUAAAUGAGGUCGAUGCAGAUGGCAAUGGAACUAUAGAAUUUGUUGAGUUUUUGAACUUGAUGGCCAAGAAAAUGAAAGAGACUGAUGCAGAGGAAGAUCUCAAAGAAGCUUUCAAGGUGUUUGAUAAAGAUCAAAACGGUUACAUUUCAGCUAGUGAGUUGAGACACGUUAUGAUCAAUCUUGGGGAAAAACUAACUGAUGAAGAGGUGGAGCAGAUGAUCAAAGAAGCAGAUUUGGAUGGUGAUGGUCAAGUUAACUAUGAUGAAUUUGUCAAGAUGAUGAUGAACAUUGGAUGAAACUUUCAACCAACAUAUUCUUAUUCGAAUUCCUUUGGAUCCCAAUUUCCCUCCCAACAAAUAAGUCUUCCUAUUAAUAUGUUUGUUGUAUUUUAUUUGUAGAUGAUGAUGAUGAUAUGAAUGGCCGAUGCAUUAGAGUGGCUUCUCAGCCAAACCGUUUGAUUUGUUCAAACUCCAACCCAUAAUUAUUCUUUCAGUUUUAAAUUAAUUAGAGUUCAUUUCUAAGAACCUCUUAAGUUAGACACUUUCUUUCUUGAAAGAUUAAUGUAUGCUACAAUUUAUUUUAUUUCAUUAUAAAUGUCUCUUGAUAUUAA